AACAAUCAAUAAUCAAUAUUUGAUUUGAUUCAUUAAAAUAAGCAAAAGGAAACAAAACAAACAAAAAAAACAGACAGAAACACUAUGGAUAUGUUAAGCCAAAUACUUAAUAUGAAUGCUGGCGGCGCUUACGGGGGUGGGAAGGCAGGCGGCGCCUUCGAUCCUUUAGCAUUUGCCAUGAAACCACAAGUUGUGAUAAGAGCCUUAUGUUGGCUUUUUUCCGUCGUCGUCCUUGGUUGCAUAUCAUCGGAAGGUUGGCGGGUCGAUGAAGAAGGCAAAGACAAAUGUCUUUUCAAUGACGAUGCGAUGGCUUGUAAGUUUGGGAACACAGUCGGUAUAUUUGGUUUCAUUGCUUCAAUCGCUUUCAUUGUUGGCGAAUAUCUAUUUGAACGUAUGUCAUCGGUGAAAAGUCGGAAACGUUUCGUAAUGGCAGAUAUGGCUUUCUCAGCUUUGUGGGCUUUCAUGUAUUUUGUGGCGUUUAUCUAUUUAUGGUCACAAUGGAGUUCAGCUGAAAUACCACCUGGUGGUAUUGGUGUAGCUAACAUGCAAGCCUCGAUAGUAUUUUGUUUCUUUUCAGUGUUCACGUGGGCUUUAUGCGCUUUUAUGGCUUAUAAACGUUUUCUAAUUGGUGCCGGUGAUGAGUUUACCUCCGCCUUUGAAACUGAUCCCGCCAAUGUGGUGCAUCAACAGGCAUACACCAGUUAUUCAAUGGACAACGAUAACGAUCAAUAUAGUCAAUCGCCAUUUACUAAUCAACAAGCCGGCGUGGAUCAACAGCAAGUACCACAAAUGGAUUAUCAACAACCCACCUAUUAGAGUAUUCAAUAAGCAGUAAAUGCCGCAGAAUUCACUAUCACAGAUGUGUACUUAAAAAAAUAUGAAGGGAAAGGCAAAAAAAAAAAAAAAAAAGAGAGAGAGAGAAAUACUCCUAUUUUUUAAUGUAAACAUAUUACAAGAUUUCUAAAAUCAAAGCAAAAGUCGGUAUUUGAUACAAAGUGUAACCGCAUAGAUCGAAGAAAAUUGAAAAUAUUCAAAUUAAAUAAUAUCGCGAAGACAAAAGCU